AUCCGCGACACAUUCUAAAAUAUGUCGCGGCAUAAGCGAAGCACUCGUGAACAUUUUCUCUUUUCACUCGGGACAUGGCACGACUCCACUUCGCUUUAACGACAUCUGUCGAAUUGAUAUGAAGAUAAAUUGUUCAUACCAACGCUCCCACGAGGAUAAUCGUCUGCAUUUGAUCCAGAGCGCAUGCCCCAAAACACAGGAGCAUGUGUAUUAUCAGUAGAACCUAUUCAGGAUCGGAUGAACUACAUGGAGAGAAUUAAAUGACGCUUUUAUUUAGUCCAGGAAUAAUCAUGGGUCGGCGUGGACGAGCGUCAAGAAAGAGGACAAAGAAACGCGAUGGCACGCUCCAAUCAGUCUCACUGAGCCACCAGCCAGAGUAUGUGGCGCUCCUCAGGUUUGUCCACCAGCGAGGAUUCACAUCAAAACUACUGAAACCCGCCUUCUUCUCUGACACAGGCCGAGGUUUGCAAGCUUUUAAGAGUGUAAAGCCCAAUCAACUGUUGGUUUCUCUCCCUGAGUCUUGUCUGCUCACAACAUCAACCGUGCUGGACAGCUACCUUGGCCACUACAUGAAGCGCAGCUGGCAGCCUCGCAUCUCGCCUCUGUUGGCUCUCUGUGUCUUCCUUGUGUGUGAGCGGCACAGAGGACCUGACGCCGACUGGUCACCGUACAUCCACAUCCUUCCUGCCUCGUACACGUGUCCUGCCUAUUUUGCCGAUGACGUCACAUCGCUUCUGCCCGUUGGACUGCGGCGCCGAGCUAUACAACAGAAGGAUGCUGUGCGGGAAAUCCACUCGUCCAAUCAGGACUUUUUUAGGACUUUGCAGCCAAUCCUUAGUCAGCCUGUCGAGGAUGUGAUGACGUUUGAAGCGCUAAGGUGGGCUUGGUGCAGUGUCAACACCCGCUCUGUUUUUAUGCGUCAACCGUCCAACAAAUUCCUGUGUGGAGAAGAUGAUUACGCGUUAGCGCCCUUUUUAGAUUUGCUUAACCACCGGCCUGAUGUGCAGGUGAAAGCAGGUUUCAACCACGAGACAAAAUGUUAUGAAAUCAGGAGCGUUUGUGGGACGGCGCGUUUCCAGCAGGCCUUCAUCAACUACGGUCCACAUGACAACCAGUCCCUGCUAAUGGAGUACGGCUUUGUCGCCUCUGGAAACCCACACAGUCUGGUCUACGUAGACACAGAAAUUCUGUGUGAGGUUGUAAAUGGCAACACAACAAAUCUGGAGCAGAGGAUGAAGUUCCUCACAGACAACAACUUUCUCAAUAAUCUGAGCAUUAGUGGCGAAGGUCCCAACUGGCGAUUGAUGACCACGCUCAGACUGAUGUCACCUCAAACUCUCUUCUACCAGUGGAAGGCGGUGUUGCUUGGCCAGAUGGUAGGCAAAGAGGUUGAGCGUUGGAGCAUACGGAUGGCGGUGGCGUUGAGCCAAAAACUCCUACAAGACACGCUCACAAUUUUAGAUACGAUUUCCAGACAUCUCCAACAGGGAGAGCCGUCGCUGAAGCAGCAGCUGCAUGUGGUUGAGUCACUACUGCAGGAGGAGAAAUGCAUCCUAGGAAGAUGCCUUAGUUCACUGAGAAGCGCUCAAGUCGAGGCGACAAAAAUCGAUGAGAACAAUGCAAGCUAACAUUAAUGGAUGUGCUGCAGUCACGCAUAGGUUCAACUCUUAAAUUAGCAUCAAUGAGGAACGUUAUCAGAAACGAAGAAAAAGACAUUUCCUGGAAGGACUUUAUUGAGCAUAGUAACACAAAAUCAAGGGUAUUGUGAGAGCACAUCAUGUUCUUGCGGUUACAAAACAAAAAACAAAGGUUUCAGUUAUUGGUCCUGCUCCCACUGGCCCCAUCAGAAUAGACUCACCCUACAGUCAGAGCUUGAUUUGUGCCGGCUCCAAUAAGUCCGAUCAGCCACCUUAUUGACUUGCUCAGUUCAAACUUAGAUUUAUAGACCUUGCUAGAAUUAUGGUAUUAGAGUAUUAAGCUGCGUUCAUACCACCUAACUACUUGCUGGAGACAGUGGCAGAACAGGUGUUCCCAAAUUCGUCCCUACACAUUGAGUCACCAAUGCCCAGUGCGCUUUCACACACAUGAGCACAUCAGUUAAAAGCAGCGAGUACCAACUAUUUUAAUUUUUAUUUAGUCUUAUUUGAACUUUUUACUGCCUGAAAAUACUUCUGGCAUGUUUUCCUGUCAUAGCUUUAAGUUUUGUGUUUUCUUGUGGUAGGCUGGUAGCUUUACAGCAGUGUUGAUCUGUUGACUACAUUAGUCACUUAGUGUAUGUAUACUGGCUACUGGAUCCCUGGCUACUUCGCGCCCUCGGUCCAUUGCAGAUUUUUUUUUUUUUUUUUUUCAAUUUAAAAAACAAACAAAAAAACAUGAGCUGUCCAAAGCCGAUUGCGUAGUCUAACUCUCCCUCCCCCACUCUCCCUGCUCUUUGUUAGCUUGAGCACUGGAGUAAUUAUUUAUCGAUGUUGACAGAUGUUUGGGUUUGAUCUUGCCACAGACGCUUGUAAGCCAAAGCUUCAAAACGCUGCAUGCGUCAAUCAUAGUAGGGCUGCAGCUAUCGAAUAUUUUAGUAAUCGAGUAAUCGACUGAAAAUUCUAUCGAUUAAUCGAGUAAUUGGAUAAAACAAAUAUAUUUUUAGGUGAAGAGCAAUUAUAUACAUGAGAAAACAAGACAUUUCAUCUAAUCUUGAACCAUUUUCAGUCAAUCAAUGUGUUUAUUUUCGAUGUAUAUUGUUGAAAACAGCCAACAAUUGCAUCUCUGAUGUAACUACAAUAAAAAAAAAUAAAAAAUAAAAAAAAAAGACUAAUUCACUGCUUUCACUCAAAAAACUUUUAGAUCUUAUUUAAAAAAAAAAUCUUACCUAAAAAUGCCGUUACGCUUGAUAACACACAUCACUUAAAAGUUAGGAUUUUUCCCACGUGUUUCAAUUGAAUUUCUAUUUGUGUCAAGCCAUUUUUAAGUUCUAGUUAUGUUUUAAGUUAGUCUAAACUGUAAGUCCUGAUAGGAUUUUGAGUUUUUGCAGUGUUCAAAAUAAAUAUAUGAUACAGGCUGUAUUGGAGCACAUUAGGGACCAGUGCUACUUGGUGUUUUAUCCAGCAAUGACUACUGAGCUAAAAUUGAUAGUUAGCAUUAUUAAGUUUUUAUUUUACAUCACUCCUCAUCACUCCACAAUGCUAUGUUAUGUUAAAGCCUGUAUGUAAGACACGUUAGCCACACAUCGACAGUGGUCAUAAUUAAUAGAAACCUAGCCCUCUGCAGGGCUAACGUUACGUGAGCUAGUAGUGACAGUAACGUUAAUCUUAUUUAUUAGCGCUUAGCGCUCUUUAUUAGCGCUUAGCGCUCUACUGCUUUAAGAUGGCAGCUGUUUACCAACGCUGCCCAGACGCGGCCGAGUCUGUCAUUUCGCAUUUAGUUCAACAUACAUGUGAUCUCUACGAGACGCAUCAGACGCUACCUGCUACCAACUUAGCAUCGUGUGGGCUAGUAUUUAGCAACGUCGGCGUCGUUUGUAGCGGCUGACGGCUGCAGUAAGUCCCCCCCCCCCCCCCCAUUCUUCCUCUCCGCACGUGACAUCAGCGCGUUGUCCGGCAUUAAAAGUAGUCCGAGCAAAACGUGAUGCUUAGAGCUGUCAAAAUAAACGAUUACUCGAGGUGAAUAAAAUUACUCGGAUCAGUUUUUAAACUCUAGUUACUAGAGUUGCUCGAGUAUUCGUUUCAGCUCUAAAUCAUAGUUUAACUUGUUAAACAGUUGCUGUGGCAACUCCUUGUGUAUAAGUGAGCAGCUUGAGCGGAUUUGAGUGGACUCUCUCACUGGAGCAUUUAAUAAAGCAAAAAUUUGUUGUGUUGUUUAAAAAUAAUUCGGAGGGACAGUAACCUGUUGAAAACGUAUCCGAAUUAUUACAUUUGAAGUGCUAAAAAAACAUAUCCACACACUGUACAUAAUUUUUAAAAUUACUUUGGGGGGGGGG